AAAGUGUACACAAAGGUGCAUAAAUCACAACCACCGUUGACCAUGGGCUUGGGGACGGUGGUACGUGCGUGGUAACGCGUUCGAAUGAUGCCUCCCGCGUGUGUCACGUGUGCUACAUUAUAUCCAUCGCUGGAUUCAAUUCGCCCAUCGCCGGAUUAUUGGGAGGAUUGGAUGGAAGGAAGGAAACCGGUAUGCGGAAGAUAUUGAAAGCUCUUAAUGCGUUUUUGGGGCUGGAUUCCCCCAAAUGGGUGAUAAUUCGUUGGCGGGGGGAGGCUUGGGCCAGGGUUGGGCGGGGGGUUUGCGAAUUAAAGGUGGUAGAUAUGCCCAAUCUUCCGGUCCGGGGACGGUUAGUUGAUGUUUAGCGUUCAAUCCAGAAUGGCGCGUGUUUCGAGCUGGAAGACUUUGGUCGUUGUCGUUUUGGGGGCUACCGGCGUGAUGGCAGGCGUUUCGCCACUGUUUCAGUUCCCCUUCCAAUGGAACCAACCGCGACAAUUCGGCGGUUUUGGUGGAGCUUCCGGUGCGAAUGCUGCCUCGAACGCGCUCAGUCAAAACGUGGGUGGAAUUGGCUUUUCCAGCUCGAACGCGAACGCAAACGCCUUCAACCAGCAGUUCGGACUCGGCGGGUUCGGUUCGUCCGCCGCCAACGCACAGGCCCAAUCGUUCCAGAGCGACGGACCGUUCGGUUCGUUCGGUGCGUCGGCCGCCAAUUCCGCCAGCCAGGGCUUCGGUGCCGGGCCGGGUGGGCUGGCUGGUUCGGCUGGUUUCUCCGGCAGCCAGACGUACAAUCUGCCCGGCGGCCGCAAGAUCUCGAUUGCCUAUUCGAACGGAUUUUCCCUCGCCAACGGGGGGCGGCCUACCGGAUCGAAUGGGUUCAGUAUUACGCAGAGCUGAGACUAAUGUUCCUGUCUGGAGGAGUAUAUAAAAAAAAGAAGAGAAAAAUACUCCUUCAUAGCAAAAAGAAUCCCGUGCUACGAACGAAAAAUAUACGUAAAUGGCUAGAGAAGGUUAUACUUAGUUGAGUGGAUAGGUGCAGCAUAAUGUUAACUAUUUAUUGUACCCUUAUAGCACUCCUUAUAGCGUACCAUACUGCUAAAAGCUCACAAAUGCAAUGCAACAAUAGUGAAACAUGUGUUUACAAAACAUGUGUGUGCUUCCCGGGAAGCUCAACGUACACAGUGACUUAGUCAUAGAGGUGAUCGUACCAUUUUGCCUUUAUUUAGCAACAAAUAAAGUAAAAAAAAACCCUUUGUCUUAUCGCUCA